GAACUGGAGGCAGACCCUCGAAACGUUCCACGCGCAUGGAACCGAACACUCUCUUUCGAGGUGGCCUCCGAGAUAUCGACUCAGCAUUGUAGUAGUCUGUGGCGAGUUCGUAGGAUGAAGAAAAGGGAUACUGCGACUAUAUAUGAGGGCUCUGAAGCUGUUCUCUUGGCUUGGUACCGUUCCAAUUCUCACCUGAUUCCUUUGUCUACGGUAGUGCCUCGGCAAGAUGAAGCUCCUUCAUACCACAAAGCUCAUUUGGCCAUUGCUCCUCGCGGAGUUGAUUGGUGCUCAAGACUUGCACAAAAAGUGCCACGUUCUCCCUGGCGAUGCCGCCUGGCCAAGUAACGAGGCUUGGUCGGCACUGAACGAGACCGUCAGUGGCAAGCUGGUCAAGACAGUCCCCAUUGGCUCACCAUGCCACGAUCCGACUUACGACGAGACUGCCUGCAGUGCAUUGAAGGCGCAAUGGACCAACCCUCUGACACACACCCCCUCCUCCCAUUCAAUCAUGCAAGCCUACUUUGCGACUCAGGCCUGCGAUCCUUAUUCUAACCGUAGCAUCCCUUGCACACUUGGCAACUAUGUCGCCUACUCGGUGAAGGUCACCGAGGCGUUCGACGUUAUCACUGCACUUCAGUUUGCCAAGGCUCAGAACGUGCGUGUUCUCGCUCGCAACACUGGUCACGACUUCUUGGGCAGAUCUACCGGUGCUGGUGCUCUUGCUGUCUGGACACAGGGUCUUAAAAACAUCUCCUUCAAUGAGUGGUCUGACGAUUACUACACCGGCCCCUCGGUCACUGUUGGUGCUGGCGUCAUUGGCUAUGAGCUUGUCGAAGCUGCGCACAAGCAGGGUCUUACUGUCAUUUCUGGAGAGUGCGCUACCGUUGGACUAGCAGGUUUCCUCCAGGGUGGUGGUCACUCCAUUCUCAGCACCGAGCUCGGUCUUGCUGCCGACCAAGCUCUUUCCUUCGAAGUUGUCACAGCUGAUGGCAAACUCCUCGUUGCCUCAGCGACUGAGAACACUGACCUCUACUGGGCACUGUCUGGUGGUGGUGGCGGCAAUUACGGUAUUAUUACCUCGAUCACUGUCAAGGCGCACGAGGCGAAGACGGUCGGUGGUGCAGCUAUGCAGCUUCUCGCCUCUUCCACCACUGCCGCGAACUACGCUCUAGUCAUGGCCAAGUUCGUUGAACUCCUGCCGGCAAUGGUUGACGCUGGUGCUAUGGUCGUUUUCAUAAUCAGCGCCCAGUACAUCGUCAUCAAGCCCCUUACUAUCUGGGACUCUACUCAAGCUAAGACUAAAGAGGUCCUGAAGCCGUUCUCUGAUUACCUCGUAUCGCUUAACAUCACCCCUCCUAUUGCCUACAGCGAGCUCUCAUACCGCGACCACUACGACCGCUACCUCGGCCCUCUCCCUCGGGGUAGCUUCGAGGUCAACCGCUACCAAUUCGGUGGUCGUCUGAUCCCUCGCUCUGUCAUGGAGAACAACACCGUAGAACUCAACAAGGUUUUCGCCGAGCUCGCGAAGGAAGGUGUCCUUCUCGCUGGCAGCACAGCAGACUACUCCAAGCGCGCAAACACACCCGACAACGCCGUCCUGCCCGCCUGGCGCAAGGCUCUCAUACAGCUCCAGCUCAUCACCAACUGGGACAGUACCGCACCAUGGGCCAACAUGGAGGCUGCCCAACGCAAGAUGACUGACGUUUUGAUGCCCAAGAUCGAGGCUGUCACCCCCGGAAGUGGAUCGUACAUGAGCGAGGCCGACUUCCAGCAGAAGAACUGGCAGUCUACCUUCUACGGCAGCAACUACGCGAAGCUGAGCAAGAUCAAGACCAAGUACGACCCUGACCACGUAUUCUACAACCUUAAGAGCGUUGGUAGCGAGGCAUGGACUGCAGCCAAGAAUGGCAGAAUGUGCCGUGCUUAAGCACCAUAGCUCAAUGA